CGUACACGGUUUUCAAAUCAGUACCUACUUCGGUCUCGCUUGUUCUAUACACUUUUUGCUCACAAUGCGAAUGAUUAUUGUUCCUUGUUGUCUUGCCCUUAUGGUGGCACUAGUCACAUGCGAGGGUACUGCUGCAGAGGACACGAAAGCGGAGGAAACCCAAGUAGAGGCGAAGGAAUCGCAGAAUUUGGAGAAGCGCGGACUGCACUCCUCCUUUGGCGAUUUCGGCCAUGACUUCGGUGGACACGAUGACCAUCACCAUCACGAACACAUCAAGACGGUCACGAUCGAGAAGAAGGUUCCGGUCCCGUACACCGUGGAGAAGCACGUCCCGUACACGGUAGAGAAGAAGGUACCGUACGAGGUGAAGGUCCCCAUCCCGCAGCCCUACAUCGUCGAGAAGAAGGUUCCGGUGCACGUGAAGGAAGUGGUGAAAUACCCAGUCCAUGUGCCAGCUCCGUACACCGUCGAGAAGAAGGUUCCGUACGAGGUGAAGUAUCCCGUCGACAAGCCGUACGAGGUGAAGGUGCACGUCCCACAGCCCUACACCGUCGAGAAGAAGGUUCCGUACGAGGUGAAGGUGCACGUACCCGUCCCGUACACGGUCGAGAAGAAGAUCCCUUAUGAGGUGAAGUAUGAAGUGCCCGUCCCGAAACCGUACACCGUCAUCAAGAAGGUGCCGUAUGAGGUGAAGGUACCGGUCGACAAGCCGUACAAGGUGGAAGUCCCGAAACCGUACCCAGUGGAGGUGCCCAAACCGUACCCGGUCGUCGUCGAGAAGAAGGUUCCGUACGAGGUGAAGGUCCCAGUCGACAAGCCGUACAAGGUGGAGGUGCCCAAACCGUACAAGGUGGAAGUGAAGGUACCGUACCCAGCGCCCUACACCGUCGAGAAGAAGGUGCCGUACACGGUGGAGAAGCCGGUACCGUAUGAGGUGAAGGUACCGAUCGAUAAGCCGUACCCAGUGUACAAGGAGGUGAAGGUACCGGUCGAGAAGGAGGUCCCGUACCCCGUGAAGGUCCCAGUCCAUGUACCAGUCCAUGUUCACAAAGAAGAACACCAUGAUCAUUCGUAUGAACAUCACGAUCUGCACUAAAACCUGCGCUAUUCUACCAAUCCUUCCCCAAACCCCCAAUUCCCAUUUCCGGUAUUACCGGGGAUGGGCCACUUGUUGUCUAGUUAGUUGUUGAUCGUUCAUUAUCGCUCAUAUGCCAGGUGGACGCAUUGAAAAUGAUGGUUCCUGUCGUACGUUAACACGUCCAAAAACCUACCCCGUUCCCAUUCUCAUAUAGAAAAACGUCUUGUUUUCGCCCUCAUAAUACCUAAGAGCCGAGAUGUACAUGUUAGAAGUGUUAUUUCAUUACGUUUUCAUCCACAACCACACAAAACGCCACGCCCUUACCGAAGGGAUGGUGUGUUGUCACAAUGACCAUUCUUCAUUUGUUUUACGUUUUUACGAUCGACCAUUGCGAUUUAGAGUAGGUUUGGGCAGACGGUGGCGAAUCCACACACCAUCCAGCGCUGAUGAUCCCGGCGACUGUUCCGAGGAUAAAUCUCGCCUGGUACAUUAGGGUUUCGUGGGUUUAGCCCUGUUUCAGUCCCUAUUGCGCUCUCGUGUUGUUGAGUUUUCAUCGUAAUGUUUCCUGUUUUACCAAAGGCAAGAGUUUUUGUUUUCUUUGUUUGUUUGUUUUCGCGAUCGCCCGCUAGAGAAGUGAAAGGAAAAAUAGUUUUUUUAUGUUUGUUACAAGCUUUAUUUUUUUUUUCUUGAACUUUCGUUAAUGUUGUUGAUGUAAAAAUGGUGUUUCGCAAAAUGCAUACCCCAAAAACGGAUCGGUUCAGUUUCAACAGUUUCAAAAAGGCAAAAGACAUUACAAAAAAAACGGAAGGAUAACGAAAGCCAGACAGCUGAGAGAUAAAGAUAUAGACCAGGAGCAAAAAACACCAAACUCAAGCGAAACCGAGUGUUAUCGAUCGAUGUGAUAUGUUUGAAAUAAAAAAACAAAAUGAUGAAAAUGAAA